ACAUUAAGUCAGGACAACAUAUAAGCCCCCCAACCCCCACUUUGCACUCAGGGCGCCACUGGUCUGGGAGGGCUUCUUACUGGCGAAGACAAGAGGGGAGGAUGUUUGUCUUUAGAGACAGGAUGGGGAGGGAGAGAUGGUUAAAGGCUGGAGAAAAAAGCAUACACAACGCGUUGGCCUUUCGCUUUUCCUUAAGGUCACGUCGCAGCAAAGAAAAGCUUGGGAGUGACGUUUGUAGAAAAACGAAAAUGAAAGCGCUGGCGGCUCCUUUUUCAGUUUCGAACUUUCCGUAACAUGGCGGAGGGGAGGAGGUUGUUGUUUGCCUUCGCUGUGGUGGUGGAGGGGAAUUGGGGCCCCUCGGAUCUCCCUAAACCCCUGAGAAACAAACUUGUGUGCUACUUUCAGAGCCGGAAAAAAUCGGGAGGCGGAGAAUGCGAGAUCCAGCUGCAAUCGGGACAGGUCUUGGUUUGCUUUGCUCAGGAAGAAGUGAGGCAAAGAGUUCUCUCCAAAAGGAGCCAUGAACUUCACAUGGCAGGAGAAGGAACAUUGAAGCUGGUGGUCACGCUGCAUGAAACAGCAGCUAAAGAGAAUGUGCCUAAGAAGGAAAUCAUUCUUGAUCAGGUUUCCAGGGGAGAAGACCAGGCAGAAGAGACUGAUGUGCAGGGAGAUUUGAAAAAAGAGGACGCCACAGUAGUGAACAGAUCAGCUGGUGAAACUUCGUGUGACAAGGAGGAUAUUCUCACUAAAUCCCAGACCUCUUCCCUUGUUGUUCUUGAAAAUGUUGAGGAAUAUUUUGACAAGGCUGAUAUGUUAACUCUGCUGGUGGAGAAUAUCAGUGGACUCUCCGAAGGAAAUGACUUCCAAAUUGAAUUGAUAAGUGAAAGAAAUGCUGCUGUAAUAACCUUUCACCAAAGUAUUGAUGCUGCAAACUUUGUUGACCAAUGUAGUAAGAACUUCAGGUUUAAAGAAUUCAGAAUUACUGCCAGGGUUCUUGAAUUGACACAGAUGAUGAAAGUUGAAAAUCUUCCAUCAGGGGUACCCAAAGAUUUUUUAGUUCUCUAUUUUGAAAGUUCAAAGCGUGGAGGAGGAGAUCGAGUGUCCAAUAUUCAAAUGUUACCUGAGGAGGAUUCGGCGAUCAUUACUUUUUGUGACCACCAAGCUGUUCAGGCAGCAUUGGAAAAGCAGCAUUCUUUUGAUCAUCAACCAAUUUCAGUUUAUCCGUUCUACGGUUCCUUGGAUUCUGCUUUGUAUGGAAAGGAGAGGCCCCACAUCAAGAUGCCAGAGCCUAUCAGAGUCCCCUUAGAUCCUUAUGUCUGGCAGUUUCUACAGGGAAAGGACUGUCUAAUCCAAAAAAUAAGUCAAGAAAUGGCAAACAGUCAUUGCGAGUUAAUGUGGCCUCAAGUGCCUUGCAAAGAGCCAGAAAUUGUGAUGCACCCUUCAGUUGCCUUAUCUAAACAAGGAAGGUGCAUGAGAAAACUGAUCAAGACUUGGAAGGAUAAUGCUUCUGUGGAGUUUGAAUGCAUAAUGUCAAAGUUCAAAGUUGCUCAAUGCAAAGUCAUCCCAGCGGCGUGGCAGACCAUAGAAAACAGAUUGAUAAAGGACGUUUUGGCAAUUUGGGAUGUUUCCAAAGAAACUGUUACCUUAGCCGGUUUUGUAUUUACUGUGGAUGAUGUGGAGAAAUCAAUAAAUGAAUAUGUAGAAAAUUUUACCAAAGAUGCAGAAAGAGCAAAGCAAACUAUGCAAGAGACAUUGUCAGUUGCCCCAGGGAAGCAUGCUAUUCUGGAUUGUGUUUUGCUAGAAGAGAAUAUCUAUAAAGAAAACCCAGACCUAAAGUUCUCUUAUGAUUCUUCUGCAAAUAUGAUGCAGCUACAUGGAAUGGUUGCAGAAGUAUAUAGAAUGAAAAGUUACCUGCUGGAGAAAUUGUACAGUAUGGUAGAGAAAAAAAUCUCCAUUCACCCUGAUGUUUUUCAAUUCCUACAGCAUGUAGAUAGCAGAAAGGUGUCAGCGAUCAUAUUUGGUGCAAAUAAAAUUAAUGCUUCCUAUGAACUUGCACACGAUUCUGUUGCAUUAGUAGGAUAUUCUUCUGACAGUCUCUUGAAAGCAGAGGAACAAAUGAAGACAGACCUAGAUCAUAAAUCUAUUAAUUUGGAGGACAUGGAACUUGUCAACAAAGAGGAAUGGAAGGAACUCACUAAACUACUGCAGAUGAAGCACAAUUCUGUUGAAGAAGCUGUAAUAAUUGAUGACUGCCUUGCUUUGGAAGAAGAUGCUAAAGUAAUAAUUGCUGGUUAUACAAAAGCUGUAGUAGAUGUUUAUCAGGUGCUUUUUAAUUUUGUUGAAAGAAACACCCGAAUGCUUAAAGUAAUCCCUGCCAAGUCUCUGGCUGUUGUUUACUUUAUGGAGAAGGAAAGGGGUAAGGUUUGGCAGGACUUGAUGAAGAAAGGGGUGAAAAUCAAUUUUGGGCUGCAAGCUAAACAGAAGAACAUUGUCCUGAGUGGGCCUAAAUCAGAAGUGACGAAGGCAGCUGUUGUGGUUGAACAAACACUGUCUUUACUGCAUUCUGUCAAUGUGGUGUUUGAUAAACCAGGAGUGAAAGACUUUUUCAAAAACCGAGAACAUUCCUAUGUUGCUGAAGCAAAGGCAUCCUUUCACUGUUUGAUCAGGCUGCAGACAGACGGAGAGGGUAACAUAGAUUCUGAUGAAAAGAUAGGGCACCCUCAGGCUAAAAUAAGUUUAAAAGAUGGUGUUGUAGUAGAGGCUCAUAAGGGAGACCUGACACGGUAUCCCGUUGACGUUGUGGUCAACGCCUCAAAUGAAGAACUGAAGCACAUUGGGGGCCUUGCAGAUGCAUUGUUAAAAGCGGCUGGCCCACAGCUGCAAAGUGAGUGUGAUGACCUUGUGAGGAAGCAUGGGCGUUUGAAGCCUGGCUGUGCAAUUAUCACAGGGGCUUGGAACCUACCGUGUAAACAGGUGAUACAUGCAGUUGGGCCAAGGUGGAGCAGCUCUGAAAAAGAGAAAUGUACACGACUGUUAAAGAAAGCUGUGAGAGAAAGCUUAAAGCUGGCUGAAACUUAUAACCAUAGUUCAAUAGCCAUCCCAGCCAUAAGCUCUGGGAUUUUUGGAUUCCCACUAAAAGAGUGUGCCCGUUCCAUUGUUACAUCCAUUAAAGAAGCUUUGGAAGAAACCUCUGAGAGUGGAUGCUUGAAACGGAUAUGCCUUGUGGAUGUGUCAGAGAAUACUGUCCAGGUUCUUGGUGAUGCCUUGAAUGAAAUAUUCAGAGAUGGGCCCCUAGAGCCCAGAUUGCCUUCUCAUUUCCAGCUACUCAGUCAGCCCAAAGAAAUCAUAGAGAACCUUCAAAUGGUGACUUCUGCUGAAGGUGUGAAACUCAUACUUGAGGAGAAAGGCAUCGAAGAUGCAACGACAGAUGUUGUUGUGAGCAGCAUCGGAAGCGAUCUAAAGCUUGGUGUGGGUCCACUUUCAAAGGCUCUCCUGCAGAAGGCCGGACCAAUGCUCCAAGCUGAGUUUGAUCAAGCAAUCCAAGAUCAAGAAGCUCGGGGCGGCUGUAUAGUCCUAACAGGUGGAUAUAACCUGGCCUGUGGCUUUGUGCUCCAUGCUGUCGUCCCUCAGUGGGAUGCAGGAAAAGGACUUGCAAUGAAGAAACUUAAGGAUAUUGUGAGGAAAUGCUUGGAGAAAACCGAAGAGCUGUCAUUAAGUUCUGUCUCAUUCCCAGCUAUUGGGACAGGUGGUUUUUCCUUUCCUAAAUCUGAAGUUGCUAAAUUAAUGUUUGAGGAAGUGCUUCAGUUCAGUAGCAGGAAGAAUUUGAAGUCACUUCAGGAGGUUCAUUUUCUCUUGCAUCCAAAUGAUAAAGAUAACAUCCAGGCAUUCUCAGAUGUAUUUGAAUCCAGGAUUGGUGGAACUCCCAGAGUUAUGCCUCUAAGUGAUAAACAGAGCACAGGUUUCUUUGGGUCUGUUUCAACCCCUGUUUUGGGAAUUCAUGAGAUGCAGAUUGGAUCAAUUCAAUUUCAAGUGGUAACAGGAGAUAUUACUAAGGAAAAUACAGAUGUAAUUGUAAAUGUAACAAAUUCAACCUUUAAUGCCAAAUCAGGUGUAUCUAAAGCAAUUUUGGAAGGUGGUGGACCUCAAGUUGAAGCAGAAUGUGCACUACUUGCCUUACAACCUCACAAUGGAUUUAUAACCACACAAGGUGGCAAUAUGGUCUGUAAGAAAAUUAUCCACCUUGCUCCCAUCUCUAAUACCAAAGCUCAGAUCUCCAAAGUGCUCCAGGAAUGUGAAGCAAAGAAGUAUACAUCUGUUGCCUUCCCUGCAAUUGGAACAGGUCAGGCAGGGAAGAGUCCAGCAGAUGCAGCUGAUGACAUGAUUGGCGCGGUUGCUGACUUUGUGGGCAAAGAAUCACCCCAACUUUUACAAAUGAUUAAAGUAGUUAUUUUCCAGCCACAUAUACACCCUGUUUUUUAUGCCGCUAUGAAAAAGAGAGAAGGCGUUGCAUUACCCAUCUCACAAUCUGUGUUUUCUAGGUUUAAAACACUUUUAUUUGGUAAAAAAAAACCUGCUAAAAAGAAACGUCUGUUGGUUUUGGAAAAGAAAAUGGAGGUUGCAGUAUUUGAAGUCUGUGGUGAAAGCAAAGAAAAUGUGGAAGAUGCGGAGUCCUGGUUAAGAAAAAUGAUUCUCCAGGAACAGACAGAAAACCGUAUCUCUGAUGAAUUGAUAGAUUUGUUUGAUGAUGGAGAAAUUAAGAAACUGAAUGAUCUCCAGAAGAGGUUGGAUAUUGCCAUUCAGCUGGAAAGGAAGCAGUCUCCUCCUUUCAUCCUGCUAUCAGGCAUUCCCCGUGAUGUCCUAACUGCCUACACAGAAAUUCAGAACUUGCUCAGAAGAAUUAAAGAUGACCGGGAAGAGAAAUCCAAGGCAGAACUUGCUCAGCAUUUGGUUGAGUGGCAAUAUUCCACAAAUGGGAAUGUAUUUGCACCUUUUGAUAUGCUAAGCAAUCUUCAUUUGGAAGAUGCUAAAAUCAGUAACAAGAAAAGCAUUACCAUCCAAAUUUUCGGAAAGAGUUACACAGCAGACAUAACAAAUAUGUGUGCUACAGAUGGCCAAGGAAGCAGUGUUGACAUCAGGCGUGUUGCAAAGGAGCAAGGAAGACUAUUAGUAGCACUCCCUAAACAAUGGAAAGAGAUGAAGAGAGAUCGUGUCAAAGUGGUUUCACUACAGCCUACAUCACCAGAAUACAGAUAUGUUGAAAGGAAAUUCAGGAGCAGCUGCCCUACGUACACAAUAGAAAAGAUUGAAAUGGUUCAGAAUCCUUACUUCUGGCAAUCCUACCAAGUCAAAAAACAGGAGAUAGAUAGAAAGAAUGGCCAUGAAAACAAUGAGAAGGUCCUGUUCCAUGGGACUCCUGCUUCCACAUUGACUCCAAUUAACCACACUGGAUUUAACCGCAGUUAUGCUGGAAAGAAUGCUGCAAUGAUUGGCAAUGGAACCUAUUUUGCUGUCAAUGCAAGCUAUUCUGCACAAGAUUCAUAUUCCACACCAGACAGUAAUGGCAGAAAAUACAUGUAUCUUGCUCGGGUUCUCACUGGGGAUUAUUGUGUUGGAAAACAUGGACAAAUUACUCCACCGCCAAAAAACAGUGGAGGCUUUGAACUUUAUGACAGUGUGACUGACAAUAUGGCUAAUCCAUCAAUGUUUGUCAUAUUUUAUGAUGCUCAGGCUUACCCAGAGUAUCUUAUUACUUUCAGAAAAUAAGUUAUUACAGUUGAAGGCAUGUCUUGGUUCCCUGUCCAAGAAAUGAAUAAAAUUACGGUCCAAAUGAGCAUAAUAUAUUUCUAUCACAUCGGAAUUCAGAAAUUUAAAAACUUUACAAAAGAAAGGUUGAUGGCCCAUAGAAUUGCCAAUGUGGAUUUUUCACAUUCCGCAAUGUUAAAUUGAAAAUACCCCCCAUGCCAUUCUGAUGCUUCCCAUAAGCUCAUUUCAAAACAAAACCUUACAAAACUUAGUCCUGAACUCAGAAACGCUUGCUUAACAACCCUCUAAAUUUUCAUGGUGAUACACAAAACAGUCAGAGAGAACAGAGAAUUCAAAGUCUAAAAAGAGAGAGAGAAACCCAGAGCCCUUUUGGACUUUUUUUCUGUCAAGACUUCUCAUAAUCAAGACUUCUCAUAAUCUGUUGAAAUCCAUUUAAAAUCACCCAUGUUCACAGAGUACCUGGAAUCUUGCCCCAUACUCUGACCUUCAUCUUGCAGUUUAACAGUUAAAAAAAUGCCUGGCUGAUUUUUAAUUAAUUUAGGAAAUUUUGCAUUGAACUGAACGAUCGUUUCGGGCAUCUGUAAGAACCAACUGUCAGUGUUCUAAAAGAAAGACUCACAGCUGCUGGGCUUGGAUAAUCAGGGGGCCACACCCACACCAGACUUUGAUUUCACAUGAGACAGUCAUGGCUUCCCCCAAAUAAUCCUGGGAAGUGUAGUUUGUGAAGGGUGCUGAGAGGAAACUCCUAUUCCACUGACAGAGCUCCAGUGGCCAGACUGGUUUAACAGUCAGCCACUCUGAAGGUCUGGGAGGGGAACAGGGUGUCUCCUAGCAACUCUCAGCACCCUUCAAUAACUACACUUCCCAGGAUUCUUUGAGAGAAGCCAUGACUGUCCAAGUGAAAUAAAGGCCUGGUGUGGAUGUUGCCAGAGACAGCUUUGGUUUAAAUUUUGAUGGGAGGCUACAUGUGCCUGCUGUAGAAUAAAAAGGUGAGGAAACACUGAAAAGCAAUGAUACUGAUCACGUUUUCCUUUCGGAAAGGGGCUUCCCCUCUGCCCAGUGCCCACCCAAUCUCCUCCCUUCUCCUACCCUCCCUGCCCCUCCCCCAGGUCAGUGUUGGACUACAAUCUGGGAUACCAAGUUCAAAUCCCCACACAGCUAUGAAGCUCACAGAGUGACCUUGGACCAGUCACUGCUUCUCAGCCUCAGAGGAAGGCAAUGAUAAACACCCUCUGAAUACCGUUUACCAUGAAAACCCUAUUCAUAGGGUCGCCAUAAGUCAGGAUUGACUUGAAGGCAGUCCAUUUAAGAAUGUAAGAACAUAAGAAGAGCCUGCUGGAUCAGGCCAGUGGCCCAUCUAGUCCAGCAUCCUGUUCUCACAGUGGCCAACCAGGUGCCUGGGGAAAGCCCGCAAGCAGGGCCCGAGUGCAUUUCCAUUUUCAAACAUGAUUGCACAGAAAUAAAUCCCAUUGAACUCAAAAAGUAUGCAAAUGAUCAAACCCACCCGCCCUUCUCCCUCUUGCCCAUCCCCUUCCGAUCCCCUCCUUCCCCUUCCCUUUCCUCCCCCUCCCCAUGGUGUUUUACCUAUCUUAAGCAUGAUUGCAUGGGAGUAAAUACCACUGAACUCUAUAAGCAAACAAAUGACCCAACCUGCCCUCCCCUCCCCCCUCCAAUCUGCUCCUCCCCCCCCCCAUGGUCAGCUUUACUUAUCCUUACCAUGAUUGCAUAGGAGUAAAUCCCAUUUAACUCAAUAAGCAUGCAAAUGAUCAGACCUUUUUCUCUCCUUCCCCUCUUCUCUCUCUUCCUCCUUCCCAACCCUCUUCCUCCUCCCUUGCCCACUCCAGCCCUCCCUCCCUCCCUGGUCAGUUUUACCUAUUCUAAGCAUGAUUGCACAGGAGUAAAUCCCACUGAACUCAGUAAACAUGCAAAUGAUCAAACCUGUCCUUGUCCUCCCCUCCCCCUCCUGCCAGCUCCCAUUCCCCUCCUUCCCUCUGCCUUUCCUCUCCUCCUUCCCUCCCCAUCCCCUGUGGUCAGUUUCAUCUAUCCUAAGCGUAAUUGCAGGGGAGUGAAUCCCACUGAACUCAAUAAGCAUGCAAAUGAUCAAUCCAUUCUCAGCAAACUUGCACAGGAUCCCAUUUCUUACCUCCCGGAUUAAAAAGAAGGGAAAUUCACUAAUAUGCAAAAAACCUUGCAGUUUAAGAACGUACCUAUAGCCCACAGAUAUUUCUAUCAAACUUUACAGGGAAAUUGGGCAGCUAGAGUGAAUGCACGAGGGGAGCAGGAGACCUGACCUCUCUGAGAUAAUGUACUACCUUACAAAUUUGUCAAAAUGCAAACACCAUUUGGGUUGGUCUUUCACAGUCCAAUCCACUUCCUGUGUAGCUUGGAAGAAUUUGGUAAUGUGCCUCUUCUGAGCAUAUGGUGAGUGGUGGCAACACCUGCAAUCAGCCCAAAUAAUAGAAACAAGACAUGUGCUGUGCUGAUCUUGUUUUAGCAGGGAGGAAGCAACAUUAUUAAGACAGUUGAUAUAGUUCAGAUGGUCACUUUAUAUAUGUCUGAUUUACUUUGCAAUUGUAGUGAAGUGUCCUAUAGGAAAUCAUUUUCUUUUGUUUCUAUUUCUGUGAAUAUGUGAAGUACAGCAACGCUUUGCAAAAUUUACACAAAAAAACUCCAAAAAUAAUUGUGGAAUAAUUGCACUGACUAUUCUGCAGAAUAGUCUCCAGUAGACAUCAGGAGUGUCUCAAUUUGCACAAGAUAAAACAGUGGGAGGUGAAAUAUAUUCUAGCAAAAUUCUAGGUGUGCUCUAUGUUUUUAAUUGACCGUGCCCACCUUGCCUUAAAUGAAGUGGUUUGAACAUAGCAGGCUGAAAACAUGCAUCCUCUUUUUUUCCAACAGCUAGAGUCAUUGCUGACAUAGCAACAUAUUGUAAUCAGUCUGAUUUUACAUCAAACUGCAGUUUCAGAUUCAACCAUUAAUGCACCCAAGAUAGAAAUAGAACAUAACCUCCCAUUUGAAACACAAAAGGCUGUCUUCACCAUCAUAUGACAUUGACCAAUAAAAAGGCUUUGAAAUUAAUAAAAAUAAAUUUGACACAGGUUUCUAGGAUGAAUAAUGAGGGAAAUAAAAAAUUUUGGUUAGAUUCUGUGUAGAAACAUUAGUAACACAGGAAAGAAGCAAAGUAAGAAGAACACCAACAAACAUACAAAAAUAUAAUUCUCCAUCUUUGGAGAUGGCAGGUGUUGCCACCACUCACCAUAUGCAGGUUAUCAAAUUCUUCCAAGCUACACAGGAAGUGGAUUGGACUGUGAAAGACCAACCCAAAGACUACAAUAAUUUUGACUCUUGUAAUGAGAGUUCUGGAAUUCGAGGUGAUGUCAACUUAAGAUGUAGAGAACAUGUUGAUUUUACUGUACAUAGAAAUGACUUAAAGAUGCUGAAAUUAAAAUGGGGUGUGUAAUACAGGCAUACCCCACUUUAACGUACGCAAUGGGACCGGAGAGUGUACUUUAAGUGAAAAUGCACUUAAAGUGAAGCAAUUAUCUUCACUUGUACUGCACGCAAUCACCACUAGAUGGCAGCGGAGUCAUGCCAAUAAAGUGUCCUUUAUUGCGAAGCGCGUGUACUUUAAGCGGGGUAUGGUGGAGUAUGGCCCAUGUACAAGCGAGGCUACUUUAAGUGAAGCUACUUUAAGUGGGGUAUGCCUGUAUGUUAGAACCAUGUGUACUGCCAUAAGAACAUAAGAGCCUGCUGCAUCAGUGUCCCUUCUAGUCCACUAUCCUGUUUUCAUAGUGGUCAACCACAUGCCAUCUCCUAAGGCAAUGCGUAAAUACAUGCAAGGAUGGUCUACUCUAGAGUGUCUACUUUGUUCUACACUACAUUUCUGAAGUGUUCCGUCAGUUGGGUGGAACGACACAUGAAUACGUGUUAAAAACCACCACCACCACCCAUGGCUGCUGCUUCUACGGAUAAUAGCUUCAGCAGGGGCAAGUACUUCACCUUUGCUCUAUGCACUUUUUCACUGCAACCUAUCCAGUCCUUUUCCUGCUCCCUGUGGGGCUGGAGAUCUGUGUUGUCCCUGCAAACAGUUGUCCAGUGAAAAACUGCUUUUGUUUUGGGGUGGUGGAGUUGCACCAGAUGUUGCAAAGCAGCCAAUGGAGUUCUGUAAUGUGGAACUACCCUUAUUUUCUGUGCUUGUUCUCCUAUACAUACUUCUAAUGGAGUUUCAGGAAAUUUUUAACUGCACCACUGUGCCUCCCAUCCUAUUUUUUAGACUCGUGGUCUUGUUUGUAGUGGUUUAUCUUUACACUCUGCAUGAGCAGCCUGCCUUAUCUCUGCAUAAUGGCAAAUAAUUUUUCUCAGGUGCUUAGCAGGAAAUAAUGUAUCUAACUUUAUUUCUGGAGAAUUUUUUUUUUUAGUAAUGAACUUGUUCUUAAAACAAAAUAGGCAUAUAUUUAUUGCAAGAGUUUCCUCUGAAAACUUGUUACUCACUCUGAUAGUUUGCUGGUUAGCAAGGGGACUAAAUACAAAACAAAGGCCCUUUGAAACACCAGGCAUAGAUAGUUUAAUUUUCAUUUUUGGGUUAAUUUCUGGGUAAAGUUGCCAGCUGACUAUAAAAAAAUAGUAUGGAUUCCUUCUGUGCCUUUGGUAGCAGUCUGAAAUGCAGAAAUCAGCGGUAUGAUUUUAUCUCCUGCUAGAUGGCUGCAUAUAAAGCCACUGUUAAAACAAAGGCCACUUCAAAGCAACAGAUCCUUCCCACAGAAGCACAUUGCCCUCUGAAGCUUUAAGAAAUAGUUCAGGUUCCUGUGAGAAAGUGGGAGAGUGUGAACAAGGAAGAGAGUACAUUUCUAGUAAUGGGUACUUCCAAGAAGCAAUCAACACAUUGUGCUUGCUACAUGAGAAGCAACCACCUCUGUUGAUAACUGAAUAUUCUUGACAAUAGGCAAAGCAAGCUGAAGGACAUCGCUGUCAAGCACAGGGAAGAAGAAACCUGGGCUUUUUUCUCAAUCCCUGUCCUUAGCAGCUUCCAGAGGGGCAACAGGAUGUUUGAUUUUAUCUGUUUGGGUAUGAAUAAAGAGGAUGGCUCCCUCUUACGCUACAGGUGUGACUUUUGUUCUCAACAGUUGUGAUUUUGUUUUGUGUACAUGCAAACUGUAAUGAAAUUGUCAGAUACUUUUUGCUUUUCAUUGCCAGUUGACACCCUUGUUUACAAUUUUCUCUUUAGCUGCAUCUAUGCUGGUAUACCUGCCAAAUGAGGUGAUAAUGCUUCACGUAUCUGAUGAAAUUGACUCUAUGCACAAAACCUUAUGCCGUAAUAAACUUGUUAGGCUUUAAGGUGCCACACAAACUGCUUGUUGCCUCUUCUUGGCAGCUAAUUUCUUUUGUUCCUAUUAUUCCCAACAACUAGGGGAAAUUAGUUGCUAAGUGGUUAGAUAACCCAAGAGAAACAUUGGAGGCAGACAGCUCCUGACCUUGCUUUGAAGAUAUACUUUAAAGGUGUUCAGAACAAUCAUUAAAUAGAAUAAAUCUUACUAGAUUCAGCCCAACAACUGCCACUUGUUAGUUUUCUUCCCCUGCCAGGUUAUGAAUUAUGUUACUGACUUUGUGAUAUUUCAAAUGCCUACAUUAAAACUUGUUUCUUGUAAUUAUGCCAUUAUGGUAAUGAGAGUUGCCUUGAAAAUUAGCUUUGUCUUACCUCUUAAUAAUAAAUGUUAUAAAAAUGCUCGAUUUGUAAAGAAUUUAAAUAAGUAAAUUGUUAUUGGAAUGUUCAGUGUGUUUCCUUCAUAAACAAUUUCAAACA